ACGCACACGCUUUUCAUCACUUCAUUCAGAUUCAAUUUCUCAAUUCACCAAGAGCUUUAACAUUUCUCUCACACAUUACAUUUCUCUAAAACGGAGCUUCACUAAGAUCCGAAUCAAUUAUCUCGUCAAUGUUGGUUCCAAUUCUUCUCAGAUGUUUAUGAAUUCUUCGUUUCCUCUUUUUCUAGGGUUUCUUACCAGGUGAUCAAUUAUUGAAGUUCGGAGUUGUUUCGAGUGCGAUUCAGGCCAGUUAACGGUGCCAUUGGUUAACUAGAAUUGCCAGAUUGUGACUAACAAUGGGUACUGAAGCACGGAAAGUUCUGCAUGAUGAGCAUGCAAAUGAUUGUCGGAGUAUGGGCAGCAUUCAUCCAUCUAGCCAGUCAAGGAAAAUUUCUAUAGGAGUUAUGGCAGAAUCCAAAGCUAGCUCAAGAUAUGGAACCAAGAAAGCGGAUGAAGCUAUCAUGCCAAAUACAGAGAGGGUAGCCUCUAAGGUGGGAAAUAUCACUGGAUUAGAAAGCAAGGCUGAAGGAGUGGCAACUUCCUCUAAAGUAAAGAAAAUUGGAGGUCCAAAAGCAGUGGAGGGUUCUUGGAUGUCUAAAUCCCUUUACCAAAAAACACCUACUACUGAGGCAACUCUUGAAGCCAACAAAACCUCUAGUUUACUGGUCUCUCCUGGGGGAAAGAAUAAGCCUGAUGGAAUAGGGUGUGAAGCCGGGGUUCAGUUUUUUCCAUAUCAAACUCCAAAAUUUCCUUCUAAUAAUUACAAGAAGUUUGAUGGGGAUACUAAUAAAAGCUCUAGAAAGAAGGGAAGAAAGGAUGGGAAUGCUGAAGAAAGGGUAGAGGAAUUUACUUUUACCACUACACCAAAAGUCUUUGAGUCUGAUAAACCCAAGGAAGAAGACAAGAUAAAUAGAACAGAAAACAUAACUGAAAAUUUGAGGAUGAAGCUUUGCCAAAUAUUAGGGACCACUUCUUCCCCUAAAACUCAGGAUUCAGGCUCUAACACUUGUAACAAGGACAAGGAAAGUGUACUGCUCAAGCCGCAUUUGAACCAGAAGGAAAAUAAAUUUGUUAAGAGCAGACAAAAUUCGGAUACUAUAGAAACUGAUUCAGAAAGUCCUGCCCAGACUCGUAAAAGGCCAGUCACUCGUUCUAGGACCAGAAAGAAAGCACCUUCCCAAAAGCAACAGGGAAAGGGUAAAAGUGGCAUAAUUUCCAGAGACACAGCGAAGCAUCCAGAAAAAAGUAUGUUGUCAUUUGAAGAAAAAGGGAUUGGUGGCCAAGAUGCUUUUCAAAAUGAUGGUUCCUCAGUGUCUUUAAAGAAAAAGAGUCAGAGAAAGAAUUCCAAAAUUGGGCAACGUAAGAUCUGCUUCACUGAAACUUAUACCACAGAUAAGCUUCACAAAGACACUUCAAAGACUGAUCCACCACUGUAUGCAGGGUCUUCAUUCCCACUUGGGAAUAAAAUGGGAGGAUUUAGUAGUUUGUUACCUGAUCAUCAUACAAAAAGCCCUAAGAUGCAGAAAAAAGACCAAGAAAAAGAAUUUUACCAGCCACAAACACUAAACAAUACAGAUCAGCAUGAAGUAUCAGAAAAUAGGAAUCAGCAGGAGUGCAGAAGUAUUCCAGUUACACCCAAUGUUGCCAAGUCACAAGAUGAUUUUCAAAGUCCUACAUUUCAAUUUAAGACACCUACUUUAAGCUCUCCUAGCCCAACACCAAAGACGGAUCAAAAGGCAAAUGACGUCAGUAGUCCAGCAUCAGCCGAAAGAACAAGAUUUUCUAUGAGGACCAUGCCAAAUUUAAGGACUUUUCUGUCUUCGGAGCCAGGCUUUACAACAAGGGAACAAGACAAGUCUCAUCAUAUGAAGGAAAACAAGUAUUCUAUUCCUAGAAAAGAAAAAUCUCUCGAGAAAGAGACAAAAGAGCAGGAUGGAUCAUCAGAUUCAUCAUCUGAGGAGAGGAACGUCCAAGGGUGUCAUCAAGGUUCAAGAGCAAGGCAUACUGCUGAGAGGAAAAGUUUCGCACUUCAUCCAAUCAAAAGGCUGCGUAACCAUAAAGGCAUAAAAUUUAAUGAUACAAGCCCAGUUUCUGUGUCUUCAAAAGACAUAGGAGAAGGUGAUUCGAUGGAUGAAGCUUCUGAACAGACUCAAGAUGGAUUUGUGAGGGCUGUUGAACUGUUUGCCUUGGAAUUGGCCAAACUUAAGAACAAACUGAAGUUCAUGACUAGUCAAAAAUCCUCAGAAAUUUUGAAGUCUGUUGCUGAAGACAUACAUUUCCAGCUGCAGGAUGUUCAUUCCCAGAUUGAAACAGACUUAGGAAAGCUUUCAAAUCUCAAUAAAUCAAAGAGAAAACGGAUAGAAACAAGAUUUGAAGACCAGCAGAAACAGUUGAGAUUAAUCUAUGAUAGAUUCAAGGAAGAGGUUAAUCUACAUCUACAGGACUGCAGAAGCACUGUAGAAGAUCUCGAGGCAGAUCAGAUAGAGAUAAAAGGAACCCUCGAAAAGCAUAGAGUAGCACAUAAGAAGCUUAUAUCACAAGUUGAAGAAUCAGUGGAGGUCCAACUCAAUGAUGCUCAGAAGAAAAUCACAUCCACACAGGAGAUGGCAAGGGGAAAGCUACUACAACUGAAGCAGGUUAUAACAAUGUGCUUAAAAGAUGGUAUCUAAAUUGAUGUGAUUUCUGUUGAUUCCUUUUCAAGUUAUGAAUUUUGCUUAUAAGUAGGCGCCCCUUAAUUUCACCGUAUACUUGGCACUGGUACCAUUAGAGAUUUUCAUGUACUUAAUAUUAUCCCCCAACCCGUAUAAAGAUACCUUUAUAUUGAUUUGA